GCUGGAUGCAAGAACGACCGUCGUAUGUUAGUACCCGUCGUUUCAUAGUCACCCCCAGUGGCUAGCCCGACGGGCACGGAUGCGGGUUGCAAUCAUGCUCGCGGUGGCCAUAUUUGUGCGAGCAGAUCUGCAGCAGGCAGCAGAGACUGCUAAGUUAGAGAUUGUCGGUGGUUCGAGAGACGAUGUAGCGUACCGCUUCGAAGAGUCGCUGGAAGGAUGGGCGCUCGCCUCGUCGUCAGAGAUGCAUCUCGAUGUGGCAGCUCGUGGUGGAAACCUAGUCGGAACCAUAGUGGGUGAAGCUACUUCGGAUCCCCAUUUUGAUUCGCCGCUGCUCGAACUCCAAUCCGCAGGGCGGCAGACAGUAGUCAUCCGAAUGAAAUACCAGAGUGGCAGUUUCCGGGACGCACGGCUCGUUGCUCAAUAUGGUGCUCACUGGGUGGGGUCGCAGCAGCAACACAGGAGCAAUGUCAAUCUCUGUGUGGAAAUCAACCCCUCUACGCCAUCGAGCAGACCCAGUUACUGGGACGACAUCGCGUCGAUGAUGUGAUUUCCACACAGGUCGACUGGACCCCGCGACGACCACCGGUGCCUAUCACUGCUAGCGGCAUCCCUUCAGGCUCUCCAAUCAAUGAUGACAAUGCAGGUACUGUGUGGAAAGGAGCAGUCGGCGAGGGGCAGUGUGCAAAUCGGGGUUCACGGCUCCUUCAAACUGGAAGAACCUCCACGCCAUCGACGCGACUUUGUGUGAUAGCAUCUGCUCGAUGGCGUAGAGGACGACGCCAGUACCCUCCGGACCGCCAGCAAUCUCGGUCGCGCUGUUCGUCGACACGAUUCAUCUGGAUAACCUAAUUCACUGGUUGCUUUGCACACAGGCGAGGGGGUGACGUUUGCCUUCUGGUCAGCGAGGGAACUCGCCAUCCGGCAAGGCACCUCCACGGGCCACGCCAUCACAGAUCUUGAAGUCCGAUGCGUCGUUGGCUUCUGUCCAAUGUCGCUCGACCUACGGGUUGGCACAACAAACAAGACUGUUUUCUCGGCUACCGUUCUAAACGAAAGUCGUUUGCAAUACUUCUCGACGUCUCUUUCAUCCAAUGAGCGACACCAUCAUUGGCGAGUUGUUUUUCUUAGUAGCUACGGGGGACGAGAUGUCCGCAUACGCGAGCUCCGACUUCUCCCCGCUGUGCUCGAGGCUCAUUUUGGGAUUUCACCAAAUCCCGACUACAAGUCGUACAUCAUUCCAAUUUGGCGUAAAGCUGCGACUGCAAAGCUCGGUGGCGACGAGCGGACAUCUUAUAAUUCACCGCUCCUACUGACGCGCCUUCGGAUCUACUUUGGCGGCGUCGUGCUGGCGCCCAGCGAGAAGCGCAACUAUGACGCAAGUGCAAACUCAGCCUGUGCAGACUGGCAAAAAAAUGAACAAGCUGGCUUUGGUAAAAUAGCAUGGGCUGCAUUAUUUUGGCGCCUGCGACUCGACCACGAGCGCGUUGGUCCCUGGGUAGUUUCUGAACUUACCAUGCAAAUUGCCGGUGUUAGAAAAUUUGUUGAUCUUCAACGCAAUUCCACGGCUCAGGUAUGAGGAUCGUGCUUGCUCGGAACAAGCAUCGCUGAUUCACAUCGACGAGGGCUAUGUAACAUCUUCCAAUGGCGCCAUUGCAUCAGUAUGGUCGGGUGGCGCAGGUGGUUGGGUGCUGCGGGAUGGCGAGUGUCUCGUGGGAAAUCAGGAGGUUCGCGAGAAUGCUGGCGGCGAAACAGGACGAGUCUAUGUCUCUGGGGCUGCCAUUGGGGGUGAAGAGACUACAGUCAGCACGUGGUUAGGUUAUGCUUUUGAGCAACCUGUGGCAGUGAGGUGCGUUAUUAUCUGUCAGAGCGAAGACAUUGCGACACGUGCCGAGACAGCUUUCCUAGAACGGAGCCAUGAUGGCGAGCGUUGGAUUCCGCAUGCAACACUAGCGCUAUCAGCGGCUGCGAAUGUGAUCCAGGCGAAUCCAUGCAAAUUAAAGUACGAAAGUGAGGACUUGGAUCAGAAGCAAAAAAAAGCUUAUCAUUGGUCAGCGGGGGCUUUUGGGGGGGCACAUCAGACUCUUGGCACCAACACAGCACGUGAUGCCUUCUUAAUUGAUUCGAUUGUCAUCGCGUAUCCGCCGCUUGUUAGAUCUGUGACUGGAUGCAUAGAUAUAUUUUGGCCUGCACAGGAGCCAAAGCCUGGGGCAGCGCCCAUACUAGACCAUCAAACUGCCGUGGCACAGAUGGAAGAUGCAAAGCAAUUGGAGAAUGGCUACCUUGGGCGUGGGUUUGCGAGGUUUGACGGUAGACCUCUAAUGAACAACACUAAAAAAAUGAGCGUUUAUGCAAAUACCUACGCCUGUCCUAUUGUCGGUAACCUCCGCAUAACACUGAGGGGUGAGCGCCUAGGAUCAUCGGAAAGACCCACGACUAUCGUUGUCGGCGGCCGACCAUGCCUGAAUGUUACGUACCACAGUUCAGGCGCCGGCGACUCGCAGUACAGCCGAGCCAAUUCAGACGAGGUCAGCUGCAAACUACCGGCUGGGGUUCCAUCAGUCAGCGGUAAGCCUGUGGACGUCGUAGUGGCACGUGGUGACACUCCGGGGCUGCGAGACACAGUUCAGUACCUCGCAUACCAGGGUCCACCGACACGGGCGGCCAUUCCUCGCAUCUCCAACAUAGCGGCAAGGUCAGUCGACCUGUGCUGGGUACCACCGGCUCUUAAAGGUUCGCAAGUGGGAUCGUCAUCUGGGCUUUUAGGUGCACUACAGACGACUGGUUACAUUAUUACUUAUCAUGUCGUCUCCGACCAGCAAGCAACUGACGCAAAGACGGAAGAAAUCAAGCAGAAGCUCCAAGCGCGCCAUGAUAACGCCCGGAUUAUACACAACGUCACUCUGGGAAAUGUAACAGCAACUACAAUUAUUGGCCUGAAGCCAGACACUCGCUAUGUGUUUGCCGUUGCUGCUGUCGUCGAAGACCGCUUUAGUGACCAAUUAUUUAUUGACACCGUCGACCUCUAUGGUCGGCGGUCGCAUCUACCGGGCGCUUUCGUUGGCCCUUUUUCUGAUUUCACUAACGCAACAGCCACACUUCAAUACGAUGUUAGCUUUAACAUCUUCAACGCUAACGCGACUGUGCAGCACGGGCCGGCAGACGAGCGAGCGACGCUUGGGCCCACGGGUCUCUUUGGUGGCGAGGGAAGUUACGGUCUCCUUCUCGUUGGUAGUGCAAAUAUAGAAAAUUGCAAUGCAUCAACCGCGUGCUGUGAUGGCUUCAAUGUCCACCAAUACGAGGCUGUGGGGGAUGGCUGCGGAGGAAAGCACCUUAUUUGUGUCGAAAUGGCGACACCUAAUUUUCACAAAGCCGAACCCGAGACAGCCCUUCGCAAGCCUGCCAUCAAUGAUCCACAAUUUCCUCAAAACGAUCGCGUCGAAAAGCGCAUUGUUCUGGUUGAAGAGAUUAGCUCGCUUGCACUCACUCUGCCCCUCCAACCAACCGCAAGUUGCGGACCAGCUAUCCGAUUAACGCCAUCGCUUCCCCGCCACGCUGGAGCCAUGUGGUACGCACGCCGUCUCAACGUCCGAGAGGGCUUUGAUACUACCAUUGUGUUUCGUACGUCAAACCCAUCACAGCGAUGUAAUCUCAUGGAUGAUGUUUACACUUCCUGUCAAUCACGUGGUGGCGACGGCUUUGCGUUUGUAAUCCAAGAAGACCGUUAUGAUGCCUUGGGACGCAAGGGUGCAGGGCUUGGUCACGGGGGUAUCAACGACUCGCUUGCCGUUGAGAUUGACACCUAUUAUAACCCAGAGCUUUCUGAGCCCUACGAAAAUCACGUUGCCGUCCACACAAAUGGGCGGCGAGGCACCAAUAGCGCCCACCAAAAGUCCACCUUGACCUCGUCAACACAAUAUCCCAGGACGGCUACGUUUUCGUCGUCCACUCAAGAGUUCCACGCGUUUCGUGUUCGGUAUGACCCUCUUCUUAAACCGGGCAUCCUUAAGGACGAUAGAUUCUCGGCAACACCACAUUCUGCUUCAUUCUUUAUCGAUGGUGCUUCUGACUUUGGAAAUGGCCUCGGCGCUCUCUCUAUUUUUAUCGAUGACCUCAGCGAACCAAUCAUUAUUACCCCCCUUGAUCUCGAUUCUCUCCUCAGUCUUCAUCACGGACGUGCUUGGGUUGGUGCCACUGCCUCCACAGGCCUGGAAAUAUGGCAGACUCACGAUGUCCUCGCAUGGAACUUCACGUCGCUGCGGAUGGACCCUGAUACAAACCUGCCGCCUCUCAUCAACAACGGGGGGCCUGUGUAAUGUUUUGACUAGUAACAUUUAUUCUAUGGUAACAUCCAUUACGAAUAAUGGGUUGCGCUCACACGGUGAGUUCGGGGUCUCUAAAUGAAGCCCAUUCUUUUGCAGGGGCGGUUAAGGUGAUCGACGAUUACCAACUCUGCGUGGCCUCUCGUGCUCCGAAGUUACCCCAGCAAACGGCUGACGACCACCCAGGACAGAUAGCGCAUUGCCAAAAUAUGCUGCCAGUGCGAUACAGCUCUUGUCAAAAGUCCAAAUCAUAGGGGGUUCUCAUGAUCAUGAUGAUUACUGGCAUGA